GCGCCUUCUUCGGACAAUACAAACCUAGCCACGUUUGGUUUUAUCCAUUUCGCGCAUGCGCACCGAUAUCCAAUGUUUCAAAAUGUCCUAUUGUUGCAAGAGGUUUUUGUGUUUUCAAUUUUCCUCGGUUAGUGAUUAUCUACAGAAACUGAAUUGUCAGUGAGAGCACUGGUGCGUGGUAUAUGUCGAAGAGAUACUAAUUACGUAACGACAGUUUAUAAGGUAUAUUGAUACGUGAUGAAAUAUUUCAACUAGUAGGUGUUUAAAAAAAGAAAAACACUUUUAUUUCUUAUUAUAAGUCUUUAUUCGUAUUAUAAUGAACGAACAUCUUGAUGUUGCAAAUGUGAAUAUAUUAUUUUUUGCAAAAGCACGAGAAUUAACAGGAAUAAAGGAAAGUAAAAUUAUUAUCAACAGAGAUUUAUCUUAUAACGAACUAUUUAAGAUAAUAGUAACGACUUAUCAUUUGGAAAGUAUAAGUAAAACACUGAUCUUAGCUGUGAACGAGGAAUUUGUUAAUGAAAAUUCUCCUUUAAACUUAUUGGAUGAAAACGAAGUUGCUGUUAUUCCACCAAUAAGCGGAGGUUAACAUGGAUACUGGAAAAAAUUUUGUUCAGUUGGAACAGAAAGUAUUAAAUUUUGAAGAAAUAUAUAAUUUAACACUAUCACCUAAAUGCGGUGCAAUAUCUUCUUUUGUAGGAACUACACGUGAUAAUUUUGAGAAUAAAAGGGUUAUUAAAUUAGAAUAUGAAGCUUAUGAACCUAUGGCAUUAAAAGAAAUGAAUAAUAUAUGUGACAAAAUACGUUUGCAAUGGAAUAUUGAAAAUAUUGCAAUAUAUCAUCGUCUUGGUGAAGUACCAGUGACAGAAGCUAGUGUUAUUAUAAUAGUUUCUUCUCCUCAUAGACAAGAUUGCCUUAAAGCUGUGGAUUAUGCUAUUAAUUCCUUGAAAGCUUCCGUUCCAAUAUGGAAGAAAGAGAUAUACGAUACCAAAGAAACUAAUUGGAAGGAAAAUAAAGAAUGUACUAAUAAUGAUACAGUAGAAAAUUUGAAGGAUUCGCUUAAAAGUUUAUGUUCAAAUGAAAAAGAUUCUUUUGAAGACGUAGAAGCUCCAAUUGAAGAACCUGUUUUAUUUGAUCCCAAUCUUGUACAAAUCAAAGCAAACUCAAAUGAACUUAAACAUAGAAUAGAAUCUUUUAUUGAAAGAAAGCGUCAGCAAGUAAAUUUAGUAAACAUACAAGAAUUCUGUUGUAACAGAGAACAAUAUAAUGAGAAACAAAAUUCUUGUGCAAGAGUGGAUGCUAUUUUGAUUAGAAGAAAAGAUUCGAAAAGUCAUGUUAAAGUACAUAGAGUAUUAAAUUCAUGGGGACCUCAAACGGUUGACCGAUCACGUUUGCACAAUGCCAAUAAUUAUACGACAAACCGACAAGAUAAUAAUAAUUCUUCUUCGGUGUUAAAUGACCGGAUAACUACCGCUGAAAAAAUGUUAGGCAUAAUAAAACCAGUUCCUCGAGACGUUUAUGAAAGAUUAAAAAAUAUUGAGGAUAGGAUAUUAUUUUUGGAAGGUGUAUCUCCCGAGUAUAAAGAUUUUUGGAUAGGAGAAAAUAUGGAAAAUUUAACAAGGGAUAUAAAACCAUUUAGAAAAAGGACAUAUUCUAUGGCGGAACUCGAUUCAAAAUUGCUCGAAUUAGAAAAUAAGUAUGCAAAAACGAUGAAGUAGCAUUGAUAAGAUAAUUUAAGUAUAUACACAUAUAAAAUAAAUAAAUUAUAAUUUUGUUUUUAAAUAAGAUAUUUGAUACCUUCUUAAAAAAAUAAAAAAUGAGAGCAA